GUGUGUGUUAAAUCUAUUAUUUCACAUUCUGGACAGCAACAAAAAAAAAAUCCACUUCCUUUAAAGGUACUUUCGUAUUUCCGCUCAGCUCAAAUCCCUUUAAGAAAAACCACAACAACUCAACAGCUGAUGUAAAGAUGGCGACUGUGUGCUCAGAAAUAGCCGCUAGUCUGGGCUCCAAAGACUCCGGGAAUGAAAUCCAUGCUAUUUUACGGCGGUGUAGGGGUCGCCCCAGGCUGUCGGACACAGACCGAGCUCGAAGACGACUCGAAUCCCGGAAAAAGUACGAUGUUCGACGAGUUUACCUCGGAGAAUCACACAAGGUCUGGAGCGACCUGAGACAGAAAACAUGCAUGAGCGACGCCGGACUGGCCGAGUACUUAAUCCUGCUGAACUCAGUUUACGGAGAAAGAUAUCAGCAGAAAUACUGCGUGAAAAACUUCCCAGAACUUUGCAGAAAUCCGAAAAAAGGGAAGAAGGUGGUCGCCACAAGCUUGCACAGCUUGGUGAGCUGGUAUCAGCAGCACUGCCAGAUGUGUUCCCAUGAGCCCGAGUUACGGUCUGUGGAGCCAACGCUAGGCCUGUCCACUACCGUGGUAUGGCAGUGUGAUGCUGAGCAUUCAUUCAUACAGCACAUUUCAUGGCCUGUGUGUGGGAGUAGUGAGACUGAUGAGGACGACAACAAUGCCGUGCUAGAGCCAGAGAAAAAGACAGCUGUCCGGACUAAAGCAACAGCUGAGAGCAACCAAAGGACACUGGCAGAGGAUGAGCUGGAGACUGCCACAGCAGAGGUUUCCAAAGUGGCUCAACAGAUGUCCUCCACUGCUUUCAGUCAACUCCCCGAAUCCCACAGUGAAGCUGUCGCAUCCUCAACCCCCCUGGGAGACCAGGUCAUGUGGGAAACGGAAGCAGAACGAGAACACGACCUGGCCUUGGCUGACUGUGAAAAUGAAGCAAGAGAUGACUUUCCUUUGAUGGAGGCGAGCAACUCGAAGCCUCAAGUUUUAGGAGGUCAUGGUACUGGGACAGAUGGUUAUGAAUGUGUGGUGGUCACAGCGGCUUUGAUGGAAAGCCUGCAUGAACCGGACGGAGCCAGUCAUUUGAUGGGGGGCAUAGAAGAGAAUGGAGCACGACUAGUCUCGGGUAGUAUAACCCACAACCACACAGCAGCCACUCCGGUACAAGCAGAGCUCUAUGAAUCACAGGCACUGCAGAACAUGGUGGGCAGCUGUGAGCUACCAGACCAGCAUGCUACACUUCAGGGCUCACAGCUGAUCAUAAUCACAGGAUCCAGUUACGAAGCGAUGACAUCUGAAGGCAUUGAGCUCAAUGUGGGUGGUGGAGAUGUGGAGGGGGUCACGUGCACAGUGAUCGAGGGGAUGUCCUACAAUCAGAUGUGCCAUUCAGACACAAUAGUCCAGAAUAGCAUCUCGCACACAGAUACCAUAACAGACCUGAGUGAAAAACAGCUGUUGGAGCCUAGUGAAGAAUCCCACAGUCAGAAAGAUAUUCAAUGCUCUCUCAGCAGGUCUAAGAGGAGUCGUCAAGGUCCAGUUAUUGAAGCAGACGGCAUGCUGAAAAUGUUCCACUGUCCAUAUGAGGGCUGCAGCCAGGUGUACGUGGCCCUCAGCAGCUACCAGAAUCAUGUGAACCUGGUCCACAGGAAAGGCAGGACAAAAGUGUGUCCACAUCCCGGCUGUGGGAAGAAGUUUUACCUGUCUAACCAUCUGCAUCGCCAUAUGAUUAUUCACUCGGGAGUGCGAGACUUCAUCUGCGAGACCUGUGGCAAGUCUUUUAAACGCAAGAACCAUUUAGAGGUGCACAGGCGCACUCACACCGGAGAGACGCCUUUACAGUGUGAGAUCUGUGGUUAUCAGUGUCGGCAGCGUGCUUCCCUCAACUGGCAUAUGAAGAAACACACCUCUGAGGCACACUACAACUACACCUGCGAGUACUGCGGCAAGCGCUUUGAGAAACUCGACAGUGUGAAGUUCCAUAAGCUGAAAAGCCAUCCUGACAGACAGACCACUUGAAAGAGUAUGUAGAGAGGUGGCAAGAAGGAUAUAUUUAAUAAAAUAUAUGUAUAGGGGCUUCUGUCAACACCAGUUUUAUUGAGGCUAGUGACUGGUGGGCAGAGUGAACGGUUUGUAGACUGGGCUCUGAGUAAGUGCACAAGCAGGAGGAAAUGAAGAAACAAAUCAUGAAGGUAAAACUAAAGAGAAUAGUGGUCUAAAGAGGCCCAGCGCAGCAGAAGUUAAACCUGUGUGUGCUAAUUUGAGGCAUAAUUAUUUUCCAUGUGCUGUGCUGGUCACAGCUUUUACUCACCCGGUUAUGGUGUUGCAUGGUUCUCAAAUGUCUUUGUGAAGUAUUGUUUACAAAGUGUUUUGUAGGUUCAUAUUCUACUCCAAAUCCUCAUCUUGAGCUUUAUAAAAUGUGUUUAAUUCAUAUUUUCAAACACAUUUUAGGUUUGUUGAGAGAAGUUUUUUUUCUUUUUCUUUUUUUUUAGAAGCAACAUCUUUUUAAGUGAGUGUGCGGUGUGGGUAGAGGGUAGAAAUUGCCACUACAGAAUUUAUGCUAAAUUAUUUUAAGAAUUAUUGCAGCUGCAAACGGUUAUUUAUCAACAUGUAACGGGUGAAUUUAUUUUAUUCAAGGGCCAGUUAUGUUUCACUGUGAUGGACUGAUGGCUCAGCCAGGGUGUACUGCCAGGGUGUGUGCCCAGUGUUCCUAGCAUAUGCUCCAGAUAUACCGCAACCCUAAUCAGGAUAAAGCGGCUACUGAAGACGAAUGAAUGUUCCAACCAAAAUGCUUGUGCAGGUUAUUACAACACCAGCAUACCAGUAUCAAAAAAUAGGAACCUAAAGGAUUAGCUGUGUUUCACAUCUGUCUGUUUAAGGAAUGACUAAACAAGUGCCACCUCAGACCUGUUUUAAUUUUAGUGCAUUCACAAUCAUUUCAGCUGUUUUUAAAAAAAAUAUUUAAAAGAAAUGCAACUAAAUUGUCUGAAUUGAGAACAUGUACGUUAUGAUAUCCCUUAGUUUCCAGGAUCUAAACAGUUUGGUGGAUAAGAAUGCAUGUUAACCUCCGCAUGUCAGGUUAAUGGAUGUAGAAAUACUUACGACUAUGUGUCACUGGAGUGUGUAAUCAACUGAGACCAAAAAUAAAACUUUUUUGCUCACACCAUAACCAUAUAAUGGCAAGAAUUGGAAGUAAAAAGGAACUGUAAAUAUAGUGGCUCUAGGAGUUGUUUGAAGAUUCCACUAUACUAAGUACCAUAACAUUUGUCAAUAACCUGGCUACCUCUGCCUGGAAGUAAAAGCCUGCCUUUUGAAGGGUCUUUUAAGCUAGAUAAAUGACCCCAAGCUAUGACCGAGUCCAAAAUCCACAGAAUCACAUUGAUUUGCAGUACUGACCUCAAUAUAUGAGAACAGCUCUCUUUUAUGCAAUCUUAAUAAUAUAAAGACUUGAAUGAAUGGAGUCAUUACAGGAAGAACUGUUAUUAUUGUUAUUAUUACCACCAUACAGUAUCUCUGUAUGGUUAAACUCACAGUGCCACAAAUUGCCUGUUCAUCUCGUACACUUAUUGUUGUCGGGAUUCAUUAGUGGUGCCAGUAAUUGUGUAACAGUCUGAUUGCAUGUUAAAGCUUUGCUUUUUAAUUUGUGCAUCAAAGACCUGACACACACACACACACAUGCUCACACAGCUGAGUGAACUGUGGGAAUAUGUCGGACUUAUCAUAACUGGACUUGUUUGUUCUUGUUUUAUUUAUUGUGUGUCUUUAUAGAAUAGAUUUUUAAAUCAGACUGUUAUCCAAUAUCUUCCCUAUAUGCUGGCAUUUUUUUUAUUACUAUAAGCUUCUGGAGAAAAGUCUGUUUUUUUUUUUUUCCUCAGUCUUUUUUCUCAUUUUAAGUCAAACCACUUUAGCAGUGGUGCCUUAUUUGUUUACCCUCCUAGAUACACUGAGAAGAACAGAUUUGUGUGUUUUCAAGGUGUUGGAAGCCUCAAGCUUUUGUCAGUGAUCCGCUACGUGUAAAUACUGUAAUUGGUACCCCCUAAAAAUGUCGAUGCAUUUACAUAUAAUGUUUACAGCCCAUUUUAAAUGUUCUCCAACAAAAAAAAAAAAGCAGG